AUGUACCAGCCUUCCCAGGUGGGAACAGAUUUGCCUGCUUCAAAAUCUAACUUACAGGUCACUACUACUGGGAAAGGUGAUGGAUUAAGGAGAGGUGAUGGAUUGGGUGAUAUUCUACAAAGAUUCCAGUCAAUCCUAGAAAACCUGGUGUCACGAAUAGAGAAGCAAGCUCCGGGAAAUGCUGCAGGGAUUGCUGAGAUCAAUUCGAAAUUGACAAAGCUGAUUAAGCUCAAUGAGAAGCUAGAAAACUCAUCAAGGUCUCAUACUGAACGUCUAGAAACAGUGGAAACAUACGUUGCCGUUCUGGAAGAAGUCCGCGAAAAAAUUGAUUUGAUGGAAGAUCGUACAAAUGAAGUGGACGAAAAGAUUUUCAGCUUUGAAAAUCGACUAGAUGAUCGUUUCGUCACGAUCGAGUCCCGUCUUCAAAAGAGCCGGGAGAAGAGAAAGCUUCGAGAGAGGGGGUUUGAUGAGGAUGGAUCAAUUCGGGUUCCAAAGCGACGCAAAGGGGGACGAGGAAAUGAACAUGAAGCGCUGCCUGAAAAAACCAGUCAAUUAGACAUUAGACCCGCAGUCACAGCAAGCUUUAACACGAAUACCAGCGCAUCGAGCAGCCUUUGCACAGAUACUUCGGCAGACAGAGAUUCACGCAAAAUAACUUCUUCACUCUUGGAACGCCUAGAGUCACGUCUAAUCAGAAUGGAGCAGAAUGCGGGCCCCUCUCCUCAAUCGCCCUGGGAGAUAGAGGUUGUAAUGCUUCCGCCAGCGCCACUGAAGGGAAUCUGGAACGACGGGACUGAAUUUGGUGGGUAUGAAAGUAGUAACCCACAGUCGGUCAGUACGUUCUCUGGGGCCUGCUCUCGAAGGAAGUCCAACGAUUUUAGUGACGGGCCUGUCCCUCGGAGUUUUAGCGUAAACUCUCGCCUAUACCGCAGGUUAGGAACUAGAGGUUUUGUCAAGCAUAUUAAUGUUUUGGGACCCACAGCUCAAGACGUAGCAGCUGCGGUGGAUUCAAGCUUUGGAAAGGUGAUCAAUUGGUGCCAUUCUUUCUACACUCCCGAUGAGAGCGUAUCCCCCCGUCUCCCUUCACAAUAUCAGAGGGUGAGUCUCGGAUGGCAGCCACUCAGAAAGGUCCACAAACAAACCAACCUGGAAUUCCUGAAGCCAGGUGAGAUGAUGGAAAUUAUGUGGACAGUCGACUUCCUCAAGGGAAGUUGUAUCAUGAAAGGCCGCAGAGCGGUGCUCUACAUCACAUCAUUACUUCCUACACGCCCUUCGUCGGUUUCAUCUAUCUCAUGGAACGACAUAAAAACCCUCCCGGAGUAUAUAGCUGUCUCAGAGCUCGAUAAGGAUACAAAACCACCGACCAGCCUACAACCCGAUCUCGAGGAUGCCGAAGAUCCUUGGGCGUGGAAAGAAACGCUCGAUGACACUUCUGAAGAGCAAGCAGCUUCACCAUCCGUAAGAUCCGUAAGGUCCGCAGCCUCAUGGAGCUCAUUCGGGCCAUUCCAAUUGGAAGAUGAAGCACGCGCCCAACAUGCAGUGGACGAUGAAGAGGAGAAGGAGGAGGAGGAGCCAAAAUUGAAAACACCUUCUCCAGCGAACUUGGUUGAUUCUGGGUUGAACGAUUGUGAUUCGUUGGGACCACCGUCACCGCCGGUAUCGUUCUCGAAUAAAAAAGGCAAGAAUUCAUCACCGCGCCAAGAAAGUGGUAGUCGAGCCCGAGAAGAAAAGACGACGAGGAGACUCUUGCGACGACAAAAGAAGUGGAAGCAGUCGCAAGACUCUCUGAUGGAAGAGGUCGCAGCUGGCAUAGAAGGCCUAACACCAACAUUAACAAGAACAACAAGAAGUAGCAUACGCCAAUCGAGUUCAAUAACCACAAGUGGAAAAAGCAGUAGUGCGCGAGAUUCCUGGUUAUCUUCACUUUCAUUUUCAGCCGUACAGGCGAACCCGAGAACCUUGGGAUGGGUGAACGAUAACACAAUUCCAGAGGAUCUGGAAGAAGAAGAGGAAAAUGUGAGCGGGGAUGCCUUGUCCGAGAACAUCAAAUUCGUCUCUCCUGGAUCAUUCUUCAAACAAACACCCUCCCUCAUCACGACCCUCUCAACCUCUGUCUGUACACAUACGCACCAUUGGCUCUUGCUUCGAUAUUCCGAUACCUCAGCCCAUGUCAACAAACUACUUAAGCAGCCAUUCGCUUUUAUCUGCUAUAACCCCGACGACCCGCCCAUCAUGCCCGCACGCCGCACCGCCCACGUCCUCCAAUCCCUCGCCCCCAACCAGCAAAAGAAAGCCACCAGGACCACCGCCGCCGCCGCCGCCGCCCAAAACCCCACCCCCGCCUGCUCCUGCGGCACCGAACUCGCCGAGCUCCGCCAGGAGGUCUCAGAGCUCACUCGCGCGCUCAACGAGAUGAAAGAGGUCAUGUACGCGCGCCUGCUGUUCCCGCACAUGUCGCUCGCCGAGGCGCAAACGGACGCAACAGAGGUCACGUGGGAGCACGUCCGGCCGCCGAAGCGACAGCGCUCCGACAGCGCCCUGUAUCUGCCCGACAUCCCCGACGGGUUCUCCGACAGCACGGCGCACAGCCUGGUGUUUAAGCAGCGGACGAGGAACGCGGAGAAGGAGUGUGAGCGCGCAUCCGUGGUAGUGAAAGAGACGCAUGAGCAGGCGAUGCGCGUGACGAGGCGUAUGGCGGUUGUGAUUGAGCCCCCCACACGGUCAAGGGUGGAGAAGAGCAAGAGGGGCAGGUCGUCGACUUUGAGGGUCGGGAGAGGGAGGAAGUAA